AUGCUGGCUAAUGCGGCAGCCAUCAAGAUGGCAAAAGGACAGCUCCGUGACCAAAUCAAAUCGAAACUCCAAACAAUACCACAAGAGUCACUAACGCACCAAUCCAAACUAAUCCUAGCACAACUAACGCAAUCGCCCAUUUUCCAAAACGCCAAAAGCGUCGCAGUGUACAUGAACAUGCCCACGCUGGAAGUUCAAACCCUACCCAUCAUCCGAGCAUGCUACGACUCAAAUAAACGCGUGUACCUCCCACGGUGCAACACGACCCCCGCCGCAAACCGCAAGCGCAACUACUUAUCCAUGCUCCAUGUGCCCACGUAUCAUGACGUAUGCCAACUUGAACCCCAGGGGAAAUACAAGCUUCUCGAGCCUACAUCCGGCGAAGACUGUUUAACCCGGGGCGAUCUAGAAUUGAUCCUCGUGCCCGGCGUAGCAUUCACUCCAACCGGUGAGAGAUUAGGCCACGGCGGUGGAUUCUACGAUGAGUUCCUAUCAACUUACUCUCGCCGUUGGUCACGACUUCCAUAUCUAAUGGGACUAGCAUUAAACGAGCAAAUAGUCAACCACAUACCGACACAGGACCACGACUACAAAUUAAACAAAGUCGUAACGCCAAACUAA